AUGAUGUCAUCGCCGUCUCCGAACAGCACAUUAAUGAAAAAUUCACCGGAGGAGACGUCGGAGUCUCAUAACCGGCAUGACACGAGCGAGAGGUUCAACGAUAAGUUACCGUCGCUUCCCCCUCGGCCUACUUUCAGAGCGCAAAUCCCGUCGACUCGUCAAUCGCUUCCGGCGAACUUCCGUAAUGCAAUUUCGCCGGAGAGCGAGACCAGAGAGAAAGCUUGGAGAAAGGAAACAGCCGGAACUGAGAGUGUGAAGAUUAGUAAUGAUCCAUUGAGUCUAAAGAAGGAAUCAAAUGCGUAUGACCCUGAAUGGGUCAAUAACGUUGAGUAUUUCAUCAACAAGAAACUUACUGUUUGGUGUCGGGUUGCGAAUGAGCAAUGGCAUUUGGGGAACAUACAGUCUACUUCUGGUGAUGUUGCUUGUGUUAUGUUGUCCAAUACCGAUGAAGUUGUGGAAGUAUCAAUGGAAGAGAUUUUCCCUUCAAAUCCAGAUAUUUUGGAGGGAGUUGAAGAUCUUAUACAGCUUAGUUACUUGAAUGAACCAUCUGUUCUUCAUAACCUCCGGGUCAGAUAUUCACAAGACUUGAUCUAUAGUAAAGCAGGGCCAGUUUUGAUUGCAGUGAAUCCGUUUAAGAACGUUAAGAUUUAUGGAGAAACAUUUCUAUCAGCCUAUCAGAAGAAGGCUUUGGAUGCUCCUCAUGUUUAUGCUGUGGCAGAUGCAGCUUUUGAUGAGAUGAUGAGAGAGGAGAAAAACCAAUCUAUUAUCAUAAGUGGAGAAAGUGGAGCUGGGAAAACUGAGACAGCAAAAUAUGCAAUGCAGUACUUGGAAGCUCUUGGUGGAGGUAGCUUUGGUGUGGAUAAUGAGAUCCUAAAGACUAACUGUAUUCUUGAAGCUUUUGGGAAUGCUAAAACAUCAAGAAAUGCUAACUCUAGCCGAUUCGGAAAGCUAAUGGAGAUUCAUUUUAGUGCAAACGGAAAGAUAUGUGGAGCCAGACUUGAAACUUAGAGAUUGAAGCUUAAAGCGGCAAGUGAAUACAAUUACUUGAAUCAGAGCUGUUGCUUAACCAUUGAUCGCGUUGAUGAUGCUCAGAAAUUUCACAAACUGAUGGACGCUUUCAACAUUGUUCAAAUACCUCAAGAUUAUCAAGAACGUGUAUUUGCACUGCUUGCAGCUGUGUUAUGGUUAGGGAAUGUAUCUUUUGAAGUGAUUGACAAUGAAAACCAUGUGGAUGUGGUAGCAGAUGAAGCUGUCGCUAAUGUAGCUAUGUUAAUGGGCUGCAACUCAGAAGAGCUUAUGGUGGUUUUGUCUACCUGCAAGCUCCAAGCUGGUAUAGAUUGCAUUGUUAAAAGACUGACACUGCGACAGGCAAUGGAUAUGAGGGAUUCUCUAGCAAAAAUCAUCUACGCGAGCGUUUUCAAUUGGCUUGUUGAGCAAAUAAACACUUCACUGGAAGUUGGUAAAUCACGUACAGGAAGAUCUAUUAGUAUCCUUGAUAUAUAUGGGUUUGAGUCAUUUAAGAAUAAUAGCUUCGAACAGUUUUGCAUUAACUAUGCAAAUGAAAGACUGCAGCAACAUUUCAACAGACAUCUAUUUAAAAUUGAACAAGAGGAAUAUGAAGGGGAUGGAAUUGAUUGGACUAAGGUCGAAUUCAAAGACAAUCAAGAGUGUCUAGAUCUGAUUGAAAAGAAACCCAUCGGUUUGGUAUCGCUACUAGACGAGGAAUCAAAUUUUCCAAAGGCAACUGAUACGACAUUUGCCAACAAGCUCAAGCACCAUUUGAAGGCUAACUCUUGUUUUAAGGGAGAGAGAGGUCGAGACUUCAGAGUUAGCCAUUAUGCUGGAGAGGUUCUCUAUGAUACAAAUGGCUUCCUGGAAAAGAACAGAGAUCCUCUGCAUGUUGAUCUUAUCCAGCUUUUGUCAUCAUGUAAAUGUCAGUUACUGAACUUGUUCUCUACUAAGAUGUGUCACAAGUCUCGAAACCCUGCGACCUUAUCGGACUCCAUGAAUCAAAGUGUGAUUACAAAGUUUAAGGGCCAACUUUUCAAGUUGAUGAACAAGUUAGAAGACACAACUCCUCACUUUAUCCGAUGCAUAAAGCCAAACUCAAAUCAGCUUCCUGGACUUUACGAAGAGAAUCAAGUGCUACAACAGCUUAGAUGUUGUGGCGUUUUGGAGAUUGUUAGAAUAUCAAGAUCAGGAUAUCCUACUCGCUUGACACAUCAAGAGCUUUCACUAAGAUAUGGAUUCCUACUUCUGGACACAAGACUCUCCCAGGAUCCACUUAGCUUAUCAAAUGCUAUUAUGAAGAAGUACAACAUUCCUCUUGAAAUGUACCAAAUUGGUUAUACGAAAACAUACCUCCGUACUGGACAAAUUGGCGUCCUUGAGGAGAAAAGAAAAUUUGUUCUGCGUGGCAUAAUUGGAUUGCAGAAGCAAUUCCGUGGUUCUCAGUCCCGUGACUACUUCCACAGUAUGAAGAAUGCAGCAGUGAUACUUCAGUCAUAUAUCCGCGGUGAAAAUGCGAGGAGAAACUACAAUGUGGUGGAAAAAUCGGCUAUUGUUUCCUCAGAGUUAACUAGAGAGCUUGAUGCAGUCAUACACUUGCAAUCUGUGGUACGCAAAUGGCUUGCUCGUAAGCACUUAAAAAGCAGUAUGCAACAGAAGAAACAAUCACACAGUGUGAAGAAAAAACCGAGAAGAAAGUCAAGGAGGAGAGUCUCAGAAGACAAGGAAUUUCUUGUAGAGCAGUGUCAGGUCCAACCUUGGGCUGAUCUUGCUGCUCUGCAGAGCCGGGUUGAGAAAGUGGAAGCCGCUAUGAUGCAGAAGGAAGAUGAAAACACUGCAUUGCACGAGGAGCUACAAAGAUAUUGUAGGUCACGAGUCACGACCUUACUUGAACAGGAUCUGUUCUACAGGCUCGUACCUCAGUAUCCUUGA